AUGGCGCGGAAUCUGCCCGCCGCUCUAGAUUAUUUGGGGUCAGAAGCCGAAGACUUCAAUAAAUCACAAAAUUUAUAUCUAAAGCCGAUGGCAGUCAUCAAAAUCACAGUGGUUCUACCGAGAAUGACAAUACCAGGUCAAUCGAUCUCAAAUUGGGAUCUAAUGGAGAGAUUGAAGCGAGCGAUCGAUCCGAUUCAAAUGGAUUCCUGUAAAGUCAGAGAGAGUAACAUAGACAGUGUGAUAUUCGAGGCGGAGCUUCUUUCGCUCGGAAUUAUGCAAAAAACUAUGAAAAUUCUCGAUGGAUUCUCAAUGAAAGUCUCCGGAUUCGCCGAACCGUUGAAAGUGAAAACGAAAGAGGCGAAACUCGAUUUUCCGAGUCGUCACGAUUGGGAUGUGUGGUUUAUGAAAAAUAAAAUUAAUGAAAUGAAACCUGGAGAGCGUCCUGAUACGGUCUACCUGGCAAAGAUACCAGUGAAAUGGUUUUGUGAUGGCUACAACGAUCUCCCAUCAGAGCGGCGUCUACGUGUAGCUAUGGAAGCGUUCGGCGCUGUUCGUGAUGUAGAUAUCCCCAUUUGUGACCCACUUCGUGCUCAAAUGAAUCCAAAAAUCUCUGGAAUUCAGCAAAAAGGGUUUGGAUUGGGACAGGACGUGUUUUUCGAGGCAUAUGUACAGUAUAUGGAGUAUAAAGGAUUCGCCACUGCAAUGGAUUCACUUAGAAAUAGGAAAUGGGCAAAACGAAUCGAUGGGCGGUUCUUUCAGGCGUUGAUAAAGGUGGAUUUCGAUCGGUCACGUCAUCUCAGCGAAGCGCAAAUCGCGAAACGAGCAGAGGAGCGGCGACAGAUUGAGACGGAACGGUUGCGACAGGAGGAGGAAGAGCUGAAUAUCAAACGACAAGAAGAGCUGAAGGAAAAAGAAGAGAUGGAUGAAAAGAGUAGAAGAAGAGAGGAUAGAGAAAGGAAACGGAGAGAAAGGAGAGAACAGGAGCGAAUGGCUGAAGAAGAGAAGAAGCGUCUGGAGAAAGAACGGCUGGAAGCAGAGGAACGAGCUAUGGCUAACCGUCGCCUCGAAGGUGUUCGUCUUCUAAAAUUCCUGUUCGAAAAGAUUGAAGCAAGAGAAGAGAGACGGAAGAAAAAGGAGGAGGAUAAGCUGAAAGAGGAGUUGAGUAAGAUCAAAGAGCUCGCUGAGCAACCGGCUGAACAGGAGGACGCAUUGAGACAAGCACUGUUGCAACAGAGAGAAAUUCGGAUGAGAGAACGGUUGAAGGAUAAGAUGAAAGCGUCGGGGAAGGAGAAAAAGGAUGGGAAGAAGAAGGAGAAAAAGAGCAAGAAGGAUAGGAGAAAGAGGAGCAAUCGACAUGAUACACCCUCCUCCUCAUCCGCCUCAUCAUCCGACGACGCUUCUGAUGAUUCCGACUCUUCCACAUCUUCAUCUUCUGAUUCCGGCUCUCGUCGUCGUCGAUACCGUCGGAAGCGACGAAGCGAUGAGGGCAGCGACUCCAGAAGUUAUCGUCAUCGUUCCCAUCAUCAUCAGGAGAAAACGAGACGUCGUGGAUCGUAA